AUGGAUUCUUCGCUGCAUGAGGUCUGGCAAGCUGCUGCUGGCAGUCCAUUCCUUCCCGCCGUCAAUAAAGGAAGUCAAUUCUGGGUCGGCUUUCUGUUGACACUACUCGGAUUCUCUCUUCUUGGUGUCUUUGCCCUGAACCGAUCACUCGUCAACGUUCCUGUACUGGGCAUCCCAGCUUCUCUGGCCCUCGCGUUCGGAGUCGUCUACAUGUUCUGUGCAGUCGGAGUAUAUAUCUAA